CUUUCGGUUGGGUUUCCCAUAAAGUUUAGAAACUUGCAAUUAUAUACGCAUAUAUAAUAUAUAUAUACAUACAUGUAUUUUAAAAACCUAAGAGCAAGAAACCCCCAAUAAUGUUGCUCUAGAGACUACAAAAUGACAAAAGCCGGAGCACGCGUUAGAAUUUAACCUUAACAUUUUCCUAAUAUUUACAUUCAAAUGCCAUUAACCUUAAAUGAAUUAAAUGCUAUCUUUUUAAUAUAACUUUACCUAUUCUCUUAAAUUUAAGCCACUACAAGAAAACGAAACUUUAACGGAAAAAAAGUCCUCGUAAGUUUAUGUCCUAUUUACGAGUACUUUACGAGGAAAAAAUAAAUCAUCGUAAAUUAACGACAAUAAAAUUUCGUCUAUAACCGACACAACGUAACGUGGUUUUAACGAGGAAACAAGGAUUCAUCGUAAUGUAGACGUACCUGUAAUGAGAACUUUACGACGAAAUAUUUUACGUCUAUUUAGUGUUGAUAUCUCGAGUGCACCGACUUUUUAGUUUUAAACAUGUUUUUUGUUUCGGCUAGCUAACUAUAUUUCCUCGUAAAUUCCUAGUAAAUUUUCACUUACCAAUUUUGAAAAUUUCCUAUAAGUAUGGCAUUUGUGUUUCAUUUGAAACACACCAAAAAGAAAAAAACUAAAAACGCGAAAGAAAAAAUAUUACGGGUGAUGGGAAUAUAUUCGAGUUGCAGAAGUGAAUGUAUAUGCACAGAGAUACUAACAUGAGAGUGCCGAAAGAAUAUCUCGAAGGGCUGGAAACAUUUAUGCAUCAAGCAGAUUCUACACCAGUCGCCCAGAAAAGCGGUAAGAUGUUAUGUCCUUGUCGAACAACAAUUCAAAAUUGGCAACUCGUAAAAAUGUAUGGAAACAUUUUAUAAAUAGAGGUUUCAUGCCACAUUACUAUAUAUGGUUUCAACAUGGAGAAUGUUAUAACUAUGGGAAUGAAGCUAAUAGUAGUAAUAGAAAUUUUCAGGAUGAACCGGUUGAUCAUUUGCCUAAUGAACAUAGUUACCAUCAGGAAGAGCAGAUGGUAGAUUAUGAUAGGGUUCAUGAUAUAGUAGCAAAUGCAUUUGUAGCUCAUGAUGAAGUUGAAGAACCUAACAUAGAUGCAAAAAAGUUUUAUGAAAUGUUAGAUGCUGUGAAUCAUCCAAUUUACAGUGAUUGUAGAGAAGGUCUCUCUAAAUUGUUGUUGGAUGUUAGAAUGAUGAAUAUUAAAACUGAUCACAAUCUACCUGAAAUUUGCAUGGAUGCAUGAGAAGACUUGUUUAAAGAGUAUUUGCCGGAAGACAAUGUGUCUGCUGAUUCUUAUUACGAGAUUCAAAAACUCGUUUAUAGUCUUGGGUUGCCUUCGGAGAUGAUAGACGUUUGCAUCGACAAUUGGUUUAUAGUCUUGGGUUGCCUUCGGAGAUGAUAGACGUUUGCAUCGACAAUUGCAUGAUCUAUUGGGGAGAUAAUGAGAAGUUAGAAGAAUGUCGAUUCUGCAAAAAGUCACGAUUCAAACCACAAGGACGAUGGCGUAAUAGGGUACCGUACCAAAAGAUGUGGUACCUACCAAUUACAGACAGAUUGAAAAGAUUGUAUCAAUCUGAGCAGACUGCUGGAGAGAUAAGAUGACAUGCCGAACAUACUCAGACGAAUGACUGCUGGAGGGAUAAGAUGGCAUGCCGAACAUACUCAGACGAAUGGUGAGAUGACUCAUCCAGAGAAACAAAAAAACAAGGAUCAGACAAUUAAUGGCUUGACUUUUUGAUGGGGAUCCAUUGCUGGUGUUGAUAGGCAACUCUCUCUCUCUCUCUCUCUCUCUCUCUCUCUCUCUUCUCUCUCUCUCUCUCUCUCUCUCUCUCUCUCUCUCUCUCUCUCUCUCUCUCUCUCUCUCUCUCUCUCUCUCUCUCUCUCUCUCUCUCUCACACACACACACACACACACACACAGUUACAGCAGCGAAGCUAGCAUAUAGGAGCCCAACAUCAAUGGCGGCCAACAAUUUUGCUACGAAGCUAAGCAGAAACACGAACAGAAUUACAACUCCCUUUUCACUUGCUUCAUCGCCAAGUUCACAUCUUUCUUCGGCCUCAAGCAAACCUACCUCCUCUGUCCGAAGCUAGAUCCUAUCUUCCACCACCGAAACCCAGAAAACAAACUCACUUACAGAGAGCUGCUAUGUCCAAACCACAUGGCGGAGCUACCGAGUCUCGGAUUUUGCAAAAAGCACAUGAAGUUAUUAUCCGAAUUAGAAUUAGAAACUGAAAUUUUAUUCAUGAAUCAACAAACUUCUUAGUGAGAUGAGAGGAAAAAAACUGGGAAAUUAGAGAAAAAAAAAGAAAAAAAGAAUUCAGAAAUAGAGAAGAUACGGGAAGGAAGAAGACGAGAAGACGAGUCGGGUCCUGAGUUCUUUGUUUUUCAAAAUAAUAAAAUAUUUUAAGAUAUUAUUAAAAAAUAUGGGAAAGAUAUUGGGUAGAUAUAUUAAAAGGGAUAAUUGGUAGAUUUUCUAACGAUUUUUUUUCUUAAAACAUUUUUUAAACAAUAUAUUAAAAUAUUAAGAUUGGGCAAUUUAGUAAUGUAAUAUAUAUAUAUAUAUAAGUGUAUUUUUCAAAAACUUAAAUAAGGGUGUAGUUUUGAAAUUAUAUUCUUAUUUAAAUGCAUUUCUCUAAAUUUUCUCAUUAUAUAAACUAUUAAUCUUACAAUGGAAUUUUUUUUCAGUAACUUAAAAAUUUUGCUAUAAAAGAUACAAAUGUUCAAAAAACCAUAUAAGUAGAAAUCAUCAUUUAAUAGACAUUAAUUUUAAAAAUACACUAUGUUAAUAUUAUUUAAAUUUAAUUAUAUAUCCUAUCAAAUAGAAAAAAUAUUGUUUGAAUUAAUAAAAUUGAUUUAUAUGUUCGCACCAGUUUAAUUAUAUAUGUAAUAGUUACUAAAUUUUAAUUAUUAAAUAUAUAUUUAUUAUUUCAUAAUAUAUAAAAAAUAUACUAGAUAAAAUAAUUUACUGUAUAUAUGUCAUGCUCAUCCCGCGCAAUGCGCAGAUCUUAAUCCAGUUAGAGCUUAAUUAUGUCGAAACUAAAGGGGUGGGGAUUUAUUAUGCCGAAAACCCCAAAUUGUUAUUUCAAAUCAAAGAAAAAAUAAGAGAUUAUCAAAUGGGCUUGCAAUGGUCACAAUUGAAAAUAAUACAACAAAUCAUAUUAGUUUCUCUUACUAUGUUUAAUUAGGCGAAGGAACUUGUUAGAGGGCUUACGAAGCAUUUUAAUGUUAUCAAUGUAAACUGAAAACACAUGAUCUGCUGUCCUUAAACUAUCAUAACUUGUCAGUGAAAGGAACUUGUUGAAGUUAUUAAAUACAAACUUACAAAAUCUCUAGUUCUAACUAUUUAGCAGUAAAGAAAUAUAAAGAAUAAAAAAGAAAUGAAUGAAAAGGAACCAAAAAAAGAGGAAAAUCUAUUUCUCUUCUAAUUUGAUAAGGAAUAAUUGUGUAGUCUAUUAUUUCUUAAAUUUUAAAGAAUGUUAAAGAACCAUAAAGAACCAAUAUUCCUUGUAAAUGGUGUAAAUUAUAAGGAAUGAUAAGGAAUUCACUAUUCCCACUCAUUCUCUAGAUCACCAUUUAGAGCCUCUAUAGAAUCUUAUUCCUCAGUAAUCCCAUGUUAUGAUAUGAUCUAUAGAACUGUUGCAUUCAAAGUUAUAGUUCUAGUUUGUAAAAGUGGUGACAUAUGUUCUAUUGAUGUAGAAACCCUUGAAAAUCACAUUCAUAUUAGUGACUCAAAACAUAUUCUUCAGAUGUUCUAUUUUUAUUGCAAGGGCGAAAUGAUCAUUUGACUAUAAGCCUUACAAUGUCCUUAAAGCAAAAUAUGCAAGUUUUUGUGUCAUUUGUAAAUUUCGUCUAUGACAAUGGUGUAGGUGAGAAUAUGAAGAUGGGCCACAACGUCCAAGUCCAGAAGAUAUAUGAUCCAAAAGAAAUUCAGCUAUUGUCUAAACGGUCAUCUUGUUCAAAAUACAGAGGAGCAAAAGCAGAGUGUACGGGACGAGUGAAGACAAGAGAAAGCAACCAGUUCUAUCCUCUCCAACAUAUUGAAGCUGUGUGAUUUACUUUACAGCUGUGUCUAUUAGCUGUAAAAAUAAGAGUUCUAGAGUAUUCUUAUCAUUGUAUAUAAGCUUGCUUGUAAACUGUAAUUGAACUUAAGUUGAAAGUUCAUAUUUUUCACAGAAACUUCUUGUGUUCUUAUCUUCUUCAUAUGGUAUCAGAACCAUUGUGAACCUUAACAGGUGACAUCAAUGGCGGAUAACCUAAAUCCUUAUCAUUUUCCUAGUAAUGUCCAUAUUCUGAGUUCGGUCACAUUGAAGCUCAAUGAUGGGAACUAGCUCUUAAGGAAGAUCCAGUUCGAAUCUCUUCUCUCAAGUCAGAAGCUUGUGGGCUUUUUUAAUGGUUCCAUUGCGGCUCCUCAACAAACGAGGACGGUGAUGCAAGGAAACGUUCAGCUGGAGGAACCCAAUCCUCAAUACGAAGCAUGGUUCUGUUCCAACCAGCUCGUGCGAUCGUGGAUCUUUGGUACGCUUUCCGAAGAGGUGUUGGGAACGGUUCAUACUCGUACCACAUCUCGCGAGUGAGAACUUUAACAAAAGUUCUCUUGCAAGAGAGUUCUCUUUGCGCAGAAGCCUUUCAACUAUUAACCAAAAAGGACAAGACUUUGGCGACCUAUUGCAGAGAUUUCAAAGCCAUUUGCGAUUCCCUGACUGCUAUUGGUAAUCCUAUUGAGGAGUUAAUGAAAAUAUUUGGCUUCUCAAUGGUUUUACAGGAGAAUAUGAUCCUAUAGCAAUGGUGAUUCAAAGCUCCUUGACCAAGAUUCCUUCAGCAACAUUCAACGAUGUUAUCUCUGAGGGUUUGACUAUAAACUCCAGACGUAUGAAGAACAAGCUCAGGUCACUCCGCACCUGGCUUUCAACACUUAACCUAAGCAGUCCCAACAAGAGUACAUGAACACAGCUCCGAUGUGCAACCCCAACUACAGAGGCAGAGGACGUACAGGGUUUACUCGAGGUAGAGGAGGCUACUCAACUAGAGGUCGUGGAUUCACUCAGCACCAAUCUGGUUCAGGAAGUUCAGCAGAGAGACCAGUUUUUGAAAUAUGUGGAAGAACCAGCCACACGGCUUUAAAAUGUUAUAACUGCUUUGACAAUAACUAUCAAGGUGCAGCUGCUUAUGCAUCUCUCCGUGUGGCUGAUGAGAAUGGUCAGGAAUGGUAUCCAGAUUUCGGGGCUUCUGCACAUGUUACUUCAUCCACAACAAAUCUGCAAGAAGCUCACCCGUAUGAAGGAAGUGAUGUAGUUAUGGUAGGGGAUGGAGCAUUCUUACCUACCACACAUGUUGGGUUUACAGCUAUCUAUCUCUUCAGCUUCAGCUGACAGUGGUAGCCAAGGGACCAAGAAGUAAUGGUCUUUAUCGAUUGGAGAACAGAGGAUUUGAAGUAAACUUCUCAGAUAGGCAGGUUGUGGCGUCUGAAGCAGUGUGGCACUAUCGUCUAGGUCAUUCAAAUCCGAAGAUUCUUCAACAAUUCAGUAGCAGUAAGGAGAUUAUGAUGAAUAAGAGCAGAACAACCCCCCUUUGUGGGCCUUGCCAGAUGUGGAAGAGUAGUAUAUUACAAUUUUUUCUCCAGUUUCAAAUGUAUCUCAGUCUUUAGAGAGGGUUCACUGUGAUCUGUGGGGUCCUUCUCGAGUUGUAUCCAAUCAAGGAUUUCAAUAUUAUGCAGAGUUUAUAGAUGAAUAUUUAAGAUUCACUUGGCUUUAUCCUAUGAAACACAAAUCUCUGGGCUCUCAUAAAUAUUUCUUGGGUAUUGAGAUAGAAUCUCACUCUGGAGGUCUUUUUCUACAUCAAAAAUCCUAUGUCGAAGAUAUUCUACAUCAAGCGGCUAUGAGUGAUUGCAAUCCUAUGCCAACACCUCUUCCUCAAUGAAUCGAGCAGCUUGAUCCAACACCUUUCGCUGAGCCAACAUACUUUUGAAGUCUAGCUGGUAAGCUCCAAUACCUUACUAUAACCAGACCAGACAUUCAGUAUGCGGUUAAUUAUGUGUGUCAGAGGAUGCAUCUACCUACUAUAUCUGAUUUUGGUCUUCUUAAAAGGAUUUUGAGAUACUUAAAAGGGGUAAUGGAGUUGGGUUUGCAUAUUAAGAGAGAUAUUUCACUCUGUCAGUCUAUUGUGACUUAGACUGGGUGGGUUGCACUGAAACAAGGAUGUCUACGACUGAUUUUUGUACUCUUCUUGGUCCUAACUUAAUCUCAUGGUUGGCAAAAAGUCAACCUACAGUUUCUAAGUCAUCAACAAAAGCUGAAUACCGUGCACUAGGAGCCACAUCAGAAGAGAUUUCCUGGAUUUCAUUACUGCUUAGAGACCUGGGAAUCUCUCAACCUCAUGCCACACUUCUCCGAUAUGAUAAUCUAUCAGCCGUCUAUUUGAGUGCAAACCUAGCACUACACAAGAGGUCUAAACAUUUUGAUAUAUAUUAUCAUUAUAUCCGAAAACAGAUAGCUCUUGAUCUGAUUGAGACUAAGCACAUUCCAGCUUCACAACAAACCAUAGACAUUUUUACCAAACCUUUACCAAGAAAGGCUUUUGUGGAGUUAAGGUGCAAUUUGGUGUUGAUCAACCCCCACCCAAGUUUGAGGGGGAAUGUAGGUGAGAAUACGAAGAUGGGCCACGACGUUCAAGCCCAGAAGACAUAUCACCCAAAAAAAAUUCAGCUACUGUCCAAACGGUCAUCUUGUUUAAAAUACAGAGGAAUAAAAGCAGAGUAUACAGAAAAAGUGGAGACAAGAAAAAGCAACCAGUUCUAUCCUCUCCAAGCUAUUGAAGCUGUGUGAUUUUCUUUACAACUGUUUCUAUUAGCUGUAAAGAUAAAAGGUCUAGAGUAUUCUUAUUAUUGUAUAUAAGCUCGCUUGUAAACCCUAAUUGAAGUUAAAGUUGAAAGUUGAUAUUUUCUUACGUAAACUUUUUGUGUUUUAUCUUUUUCAUAAAUGGAAUGCCAGUUCGGCAAUUCCUAAUGAGAUUAGUUCACAUUCAAGGCCAGAGAGUCCUUUAUAUGUUCCUCAUGAUCAAUCGCGGAAUCAAAGAAGGAUAAAGUGGAGCUGAAGCAAUGAUGAGACGAAGCGGAAUCAAUGGAGAUCAAAAAGUCUCUGAUACCAUAUUAGAUGUGAUGAAGGUGAUGAAUCGAGAAGAUAGUUUGUUAUGAAAGUGUCAAAAAUGUAUUAUUCAGCUCAAACUGUCACUGUACACUUACAAUCAUAUAUAUAUACAGCUGGUUAAGCAAAAGGAAACUUAAACCAACUUAAACCAGAUUCUAAUAACCGGUUAUAACUUUAAUAGUUCCAAAUCUCCACUAAAUAAAAGACAUUAUUUUGUUGUAAAAAAAAAGACAUUAAUUUCUUUUUUACUUGUACUAAUAUAGCUAUUAAUUUAAUUUAUUGUUUUGCUUUGCCGUUUACGAUAUCAUUUAUGCGAGGUAUGAAUCAGAUUUAAUGAGAUACGGUACUGGUAGAACGAAUACAACUAAUUAUUUGACUAAUUCAAUGUGUACGGACUACUUGCGAUAUAUAUAACUUGAAAUACAGUACAACUAAUUAUUUUCAUCAUGGUAUCUGAUUUUCCUGUAUAAUAAUAAGCACAUUUAAGAGAUUUUGUCAACUUCAACAACUUAUUCAAACGCGAAUUGUCUGGAAGAACCCGUCGUUGUUUUCCAAAGCUAAACAUUUAGGCCAUCUUCAAUGGGUAAAAACUCGAAUCUCAUUUGAGUUUCUUAACAUAAGUUUUAAUAUUAAAAAAGAACCAAUGAAAGAGUAACAAAUAUUAGAAGAAUUUCACAAAAACUCUCUUGAAACUUUUAAAGAAGAAACUUAUCUCUUCUUUCCACGGAAACAAAUACUUUAGAUUAUACUUCAAUAAGACCGAGACAUAAAAGAUAAGUAUAGUUAACAUUUUGGGUCACUUACUGAAAUGGCAUAGUUCUUAAAUCUUUCAAAUAUAUGAUUACAAGUUUUAAGUUCUAAGAGAUUUCAGAUUUCUACUGAAAAGCAAAAAAAAAAAAAGUUACGAAAUAUCAAAUUUAUACACACUUUUUUGGUUUAAUUUUUAUACACACUUGAGACAUGCAUGCAUAAUUUACAUGACAAUAGUAAUAUAAAAUGGUGUUUCAGACUUGUGUUUACUAUAUGUGGAAGGAGAGGAAUGAGCACAUACACCAGACAGGCUUUCGUACGGUGGACCAAGCUAUUGAGAUUGUUGAUAAAGCCAUACGGAACAGGAUCAGCUCUCUUCGAUAUAGGGCGGAUCAUAGGAUUUUCAUAAAGUAUUGCUUCUUUCUAUAGCCUCAUCAUGUAGUUUUCACAUUCUUUUGUAAAUACCUAUUAUUUUAUUCCUACCAAAAAAUUUCACAUUUCAUUAAAAAAAAAGUAAUACAAAACUAGUUUGAAUUUCAGUUCAACAGCUGUGAUUACUAAAAACUAUUAAAUCAUGUGGUCAUAUAUUAACAGUCCCAUUCGACUGACCACAAACUAUAACUAGAACCGGUCCUGAGAAUUUGGAGAUCCUAAACCAUUUAGUAAAAGAUUUCAAAAGCUUGGAGGCCUAAAUUUUUUUGUUUAUAAAUUCAGGGCCUAUUUACAUAAAAACAUUUCAAACAUCCUUUCUCAUAUAUUUCAAUGUGGGGGCACUCAAGCCAACCGUGUUUUGAUUAUUCCAAAUAUAAUAACUUUUUAGUAAUAUAUAUCUCAUGCUAAAAUCCAUGAAUGCAGAACGACGUUUAUAUAAAAAUAAAUAAAAGUUUCUUAAAAGUAUAUAUAAAAUACAAGUUACGAUCAUGAGAAAGUAUUUCACACGGAUUCUGCUUCACCCUUUUUCACAUGGCUCAUCAAUCGCGAGUCUCACGUUCUGGACUUGUGUAUUUUCUCGUCUACCACACACAUACAUGCAAAAUAUCAAAUUUGAAUCCAGAUUAUGACACGAUCGUCUCCCAUCUACAGUUCGGGUUGUGCAGUGAAAUAUUGUUUUUGAGUUAUUAGUUAAGUGACUCCAAAGGAUGAGUUGUCUAAAAACGGUCUUUUAGUAUAUUCUGAUAUCCAACGAAGUAGGCAAGGAAUCUAUCUAACCGAAUCUGAUUAUUGAAGAUUUUCGAUUGGUGAUUAAGCUGUGAUGGCUGUUGAGGCUUUAGCUUAAUUAUAAAGUCUUUAAAGUCAAUUUAUUUCCAAUCAGGUUUUAGACUCUUUAAAGUCUGUAAACUGCUUAGCUGAUGGUUUGGCUAACCUUGUUUUUUCUCUUCCAUUUGGAUUUGUAGCUUUGAUGAGGUACCGAUUGAGGUUGCUGUUUUAUUACAAGAGGAUGUUGUUAGACCUCUCCGACUACGACUAGUUCUUGUAAACUGAAGUCUGUUUUCUUUUGAAUAAAUUUUGGGAGUUUUCUCCCAAUUUUUACCGAAAAAAAAAAUUCCUUACAGCCAAAAUAACUGAUUUUACUCUUGUUUGUUUUUCUUAAAGCCACAAUUUGAUGUUUUUAAUAUUUCUAAAACCAUAUUAAAAAAUUUAACAGUAACAGUUUUAACAGCCACAUUAAAUUCAAAAGCCUUGCAGUAAAAGUCUUCAAAGUCUCAAACAAUCGGAGCCUGGCCAUCGAGUUUCCACUAUUCCUUUUCUCCCGAAUUAGCCUAUACAUAUCUUCAAAACGUACCGUAAUAAACCGAUAAUUCUACAUCACGUUAUGUAUUAUUCCCAUGAAUUUUUACAUUACCAUACUUUUUAGUUCUACAAACCAAAAACAAAAGAGAAAACUGUACACAGAGACAAAUUAUAUGUAAUUAUACUUUCCAACAUAAAUUCCACUUAAAUUCAACCAAUAAGAGCAUGCAAAGAACGGGAAAAUGAAUGUUCUUGAGUGAUGGGUAGUUACGGUGUUAAACUGUCAAAAAAAAAGCAGUUAAAGAGUUCUUCCCGUACAAUGUCUUAAAAAGCGAGUCCCAUUAUAACCUCUCAAAACCAAACACACGCAUCCAUUACACGAUCUCUUCUUCUCUGACGUAUAAUGGUAGUCUGAGCAAAGAUUUUCAGAAAAUAUAAUGGGGAAAACAAGCAAGUGGAUUCGAAAUUUCUUAACGGGAAAGAAAGAGAGAUCAAAGGAAAAGAUUAUCCAGAGUGAGUGUGGUGGAUUCACUUCACCGGUUCCAGGCAUUCCUAAAGAGAAACGUCGAUGGAGUUUUAGACGUUCUUCCGCCGCUAGACCACCAGCUUGUGCUUCUACCCUCAAAGUUUCAUCUCCACCGGCUCAACCGUCACUGCCUCCACCGCCACAACCAUUUGAGGUCGCAAACGUGGACACUGAACAUGAUGAGAACAAGGGCGCGGAGAUUGCAAUGGCUGUUGAAGAAUUUGCAGCAGUGAAGAUUCAGGCCUACUAUCGUUCCCAUUUGGCGAGGAAAGCAUUAAGAGCCUUAAAAGGGUUAGUGAAAUUGCAAGCACUUGUGAGAGGUCAUUUAGUGAGGAAACAAGCAACAGCUACACUUAGAUGCAUGCAAGCGUUGAUUACACUUCAGGCUAAAGCUCGAGAACAGAGGAUUCGUAUGAUAGGGAAUUCAACACCAAAAUCCACAAAUCAAAGAACACCGAUUCAUUACAACGUAAUGGAUCUAACCCAGAUCUCAAAAUUCAAUCUUGACAACACCCAGAUCCUAAAGUUUCCAACUUUGACUCCUCUGUUUUUGUUAUUGCAGGAGAAUGACAAGAACAUCGAGACUGUGGAAAUGGAGAUUCAGUCCAGAUUUUACUCUCCGGCGCCUUCAAUAACCGAUAUGAGUCCUCGCCAUUUCGAGGAUUGUAACUCGUUCAACAGAGCUCAACGCAGUCCUCAGUGUUUCGGAUUCAAAGAGUAUUACAAUGGAGAUACUCUGUCUUCUUACGGCUAUCCUCUCUUCCCAAAUUACAUGGCUAAUACUCAGUCUUCUAAAGCCAAGGCUCGGUCUCAGAGUGCGCCGAAGCAGAGACCUUACGAGAUGUACGAGAAGCAUACGAGCGCGAGGAGAAAAUCUUCCGUGGAAGCACCGAGGAACGGUGUACUUAAGGCCGUACGGGUGCAUAGAGCUUCAUCUCAAUUAGGAAAGGAAAGUCAUUAUGAGUAUUAUCCGUGGAUAGCGACUAAGCUCGACAGAUCAAACAUUUCGCUUAUGGAGAGUGAGUGCGGAUCUACCAGCACAGUUAUGACCAAUACCAACUACGGUAGACAUGUUGAUGUGAGUCCCGAAUACUACUUGUUUCCCAAGAAAACAUUAUUUGAGAUUAGAUUUGCUACAAAUAAUUAUUUUAUUUUUUUCCUUGUUCUUGGUUAUGUGGUUGUUGCAGGUUCAGGGGAACGUGCAACAAGUGUGAUUUAGAAAUUCUUAACUGAUCUGAGAUAUUACUGGAAAAAACAUAGACCAGUCUAGACACUAUAUGUAGACUGAAGAAUGGUUCAAGGAAGAACAAAACCUCUAUAUGUAGUAGAAGAGAUAUCACGUCUUAAAUCUUGAUUCUUGCUUUUCAUCUUUUACAAUUCUCAUUGACGUUUUGAUAUUUUUGGAUAAUUUGUUUGUGUUAGUCAAAUCCAUGUUCCUAAGAAAAAUAAAAAAAAUCUACUAGUGUGGUGCUGAAACGAGAGGCAGCACCAAGGGGUUGGUAUAUCUGUCAUUUAUUCGAUUUCACUAGGUCGAAAACUAGAUAGUAAAGAAGAAGAAAAAAAAAAAAAGAAUUUAACAAUUCUAAUAA